GGCGAAGGAGCGAGCAUGGAGGCAGAGGACGGCGGCAGCUGCUUAUCCGCGCUGGCCAACAGCGGCGACAGGGCCGGCGGCGGGGGGAGCCUGAAAGCCCCCAAACAUCUGUGGCGGCACGAGCAGCACCAGCUCCGGCAGCCGCCGCCGCCGCCGCCCCUGUGCCCCCAGCCGCCGCCGCCGCCGCCGCCAGCCUCCCGAGGCCGCUACUUGGCCGGCAGCGGCAGCCGGGUGAGGCACCGCGGCUACUCGGACACGGAGCGCUACCUGAACUGCCGAGCCAUGGACCGCGCGUCGUACGCCGUGGAGACCGGCCACCGGCCCGGCUUGAAGAAAUCCCGGAUGUCCUGGCCCUCGUCCUUCCAGGGACUCCGACGUUUUGAUGUAGACAAUGGCACAUCAUCGGGACGGAGUCCCUUGGAUCCCAUGACGAGCCCUGGGUCAGGACUAAUUCUCCAGGCUAACUUCGUCCAUAGUCAACGUAGAGAGUCCUUCCUCUACCGGUCAGACAGUGACUAUGACCUCUCUCCAAAGUCCAUGUCCAGGAACUCUUCCAUUGCCAGCGACAUACAUGGAGAUGACUUGAUUGUGACACCAUUUGCUCAGGUGCUGGCCAGCCUGCGUACUGUACGGAAUAAUUUUGCUGCAUUAACCAACUUACCAGAUCGGGCACCCAACAAACGGUCACCCAUGUGUAACCAACCAUCCAUCAACAAAGCAACUAUAACAGAGGAGGCCUACCAAAAACUGGCCAGCGAGACCCUGGAGGAGCUGGACUGGUGCCUGGACCAGCUUGAGACCCUGCAAACCAGGCACUCCGUCAGUGAAAUGGCCUCGAACAAGUUUAAAAGAAUGCUCAACAGGGAGUUGACCCACUUAUCUGAAAUGAGCCGAUCAGGCAAUCAGGUCUCAGAAUAUAUAUCAAACACAUUCUUAGACAAACAACAUGAAGUGGAAAUCCCUUCUCCAACACAGAAAGAGAAAGAGAAAAAGAAGAGGCCUAUGUCCCAGAUCAGUGGAGUGAAAAAACUGAUGCACAGCUCUAGUUUAACUAAUUCCAGUAUCCCCAAAUUUGGUGUUAAAACCGAACAAGAAGAUGUUCUUGCCAAGGAACUAGAAGAUGUGAACAAAUGGGGCCUGCAUGUUUUCAAAAUAGCAGAACUAUCUGGAAACCGACCUCUGACAGUCGUCAUGAAUACUAUUUUCCAGGAACGGGAUUUGUUAAAAACAUUUAAAAUUCCAGUAGACACUUUAAUAACUUACUUGAUGACCCUAGAGGACCAUUACCAUGCAGAUGUGGCAUAUCACAACAACAUACAUGCUGCAGAUGUCGUUCAGUCUACCCACGUACUGCUAUCAACCCCAGCUUUGGAGGCAGUGUUCACUGAUCUGGAGAUUCUUGCAGCAAUUUUUGCCAGUGCAAUACAUGAUGUUGAUCACCCUGGGGUUUCAAACCAAUUUCUUAUCAACACAAACUCUGAACUUGCCUUGAUGUACAAUGACUCAUCGGUAUUGGAGAACCAUCAUUUAGCUGUGGGUUUCAAGUUGCUACAGGAGGAGAAUUGUGACAUUUUCCAGAAUCUGACCAAAAAACAAAGACAAUCACUGAGGAAAAUGGUCAUUGACAUUGUGCUUGCAACAGACAUGUCUAAACAUAUGAAUCUGUUGGCUGAUUUGAAAACUAUGGUUGAAACCAAGAAAGUGACAAGUUCUGGAGUUCUACUUCUUGAUAACUAUUCAGACAGAAUUCAGGUUUUACAGAAUAUGGUACACUGUGCAGAUCUAAGCAAUCCAACCAAGCCACUCCAGCUCUACCGCCAGUGGACCGACAGAAUAAUGGAAGAGUUCUUUCGUCAGGGAGACCGGGAAAGAGAGAGGGGCAUGGAGAUAAGUCCCAUGUGUGAUAAGCACAAUGCAUCUGUAGAGAAAUCACAGGUGGGGUUUAUAGACUACAUUGUUCAUCCUCUCUGGGAGACAUGGGCAGAUCUUGUUCACCCUGAUGCCCAGGAUAUCUUGGAUACCCUGGAGGACAAUCGUGAAUGGUACCAGAGCACAAUCCCUCAGAGUCCUUCUCCUGCACCUGAUGACCAGGAAGAGGGUCGGCAGGGCCAAACUGAAAAAUUCCAGUUUGAACUAACAUUGGAGGAAGAUGGUGAAUCAGACACUGAAAAGGACAGUGGAAGUCAAGUGGAAGAAGACACCAGCUUCAGUGACUCCAAGACUCUUUGCACCCAGGACUCAGAAUCCACUGAAAUUCCUCUUGACGAGCAAGUAGGCGAAGAAGUGGAAGGGGAGGAGAGCCACCCAGAACCUUGCGUACUAGAGGAAGAUCAUUCUCCUGACACGUAACAGUGUGAAGACUCAGUUUCUUUCUCUCUGUCUCUUUGUCUCUCUCUCUCUCUCUUCUUUUUUUAAAUCAGAAAAUGGUUUCCAAAGUGCAUAUCACAUGCCACAACCAUGGUCACACCUCACUGUCACCUGCCAGGACGUUUGUUGAUCAAAACUGACCUUAAUUACUCAGUUUGGCACUCAGGAAUAUUGUAACCACAAUUUCACCUCCAUGGCAUCAGAGAGCAAAGGGGAAAACAUCCAUGAACAGCAUCUUAAUAAGAUCUCCAUUUGGCAGAUUUGAUUGACGAAAUCAGGUCUCUAAAGUGGUUUCAGAGGAAUACAGCCUACCAGCAAAAGGCUGGUGUGCAUUGGGUGUUUUGUUUUUAUUUUACAAGCAAGGCAUUGAAUAACAUUCAUCAUCAGAGUUUUAAGAAAACAGCCAGAGAAUGAACUGAGGUUCCUAAUGGAAAACAAAUGCACAUGAAUAAUGGGACACAACAUGAAUCUGUUACCUGUAGGAAGAUGAGCUGUGGAAAUUGCAUAAUUUUCUAAUUUCAAGUCUUCCUAAUACAUGACUGAAAAAAAAAUAAAGAAAGUGUCACCAAGUGGGUUACACUGACCUCUGCAUUUUGUAUUAUAUGUAAAACAGAGAUCUUUUGUAGAGCUUACUUUUAUUAUUAAAUGUAUUGAGGUAUUAUAUUUAAAGAAAAAAACACCUUCAGAACUUCAUCUGCCGCUGGUUAUUUUUUCCAAAGAGUAACUUGCAAGUUUUUCAGUACAAAUCUGUGCAACACUGGAUAAUACUUCUAGUUAUCUAGUUAUAGAUUUUAUUUUAUUUUAGUUUUGCACGUUAGAUUUUUAUAGCAUUGAUUUGAGCUGUAAAAAUCCAUUGUUUUAUAUACCAAUGACUUCCAUGAAAUAUUUUUGUUUAUGUUGCAGGAAUCCCUUUUAGUAGGAUGGAAUUCAUUUUUUGUUUCUUUUUAUUAUAAUUCUUUCAGACAAACAACAGAAGUCUACUUUUGUCCUCACAGUGGAGCUGACCCUGCAACUCCACUCUUACUCCCACAGGUAGUCCCACUGAAACCAAUGGGACCACUCAAGUCAGGAAUUGCAAGAGUGGGCCCAGUAUGAAAAAGUGAUGAACCAUCUUUUUAUAUAAACAUAACACUUCUCUUUGCUUAAUACAAUUAGUUCCAUUAGAAUAUCACUCUGAGGCUGAGAACUGAAGCUCACUAAAUAAGAACAACCUAUUUGCUGUGGCAAAAGAGUAGAAUCUUUCCUAUUUUGUCUCCCUUAAAACUUAUUUUGUGUCAGCAGUUUGGGCAGUAAUUUCUGUUUAGCUGGAGCACAUGCUCACCUCAGAAGUACGUGUGUGUGUCUUUAAAAAAUAACCUUUAGCAUAUUUUUCAGAACUCCUUUUCCUUGCAUGAAGAGCCAGAUCAUAAGGUUUUUUUUUAAAAAAAAACAAGUCAGUAAUGCUUGGAAAGGUUUGGAUUUCCCCCCACAUUACUUCAGAAUUUCAAAAUGUUUCUCUUCCUAUGUCCAAGUUGUGCUGAAAGGAUCCUACUUUUAAAUCUGGUCAGUACCUAAGCCUUCAGUAACUUGGAAGGAAAAAGAGGUUUUAUAGAGUCAUGUUUGUCAUUAUGCAUUUCUACUGAUAGGUCAUGUGUAGUGGGAAGGAAUUUAUCUCCUAUGGUUGACUCUUUAUUAAGACUAAUUUUGAUGAGUAAGAUUGGGAAUAGUUGCCUAGGAAAACAAAUUCUGUCACAAAUUCUGAUCAAAUGACAAGGCAUACGUGACUUUUUGACAAGAUGAAAUGGAAAUGGCACUUAUUUCCUUUGCUUGAGUUCAGUUGAACCAGUGAAUGUAUAGGAAAUGAAUAAGGGGUAUACCAAUUUCAGAGAUCUAGGAUACAAACCCAUUUAAAAACUUUUGGAUAAUAGUUUAGCUUUUAGUGCAUUUUGCAUUUUUCUAUCUCCAGGUUGUAGGUUUACCUGCCUUUAGCCCCGAAAGGGCUUUAUCUGAGAAGAUACCAAAGGGGGAAGUGAAUGGAGAGAUUUUGCCAUGCUGAAAGGAGCUUCAGGCUCAUUUCUUUCCCUCACCAUCUCCCCCUGAGUCCCCACUCCCAUCUAAAAUUCCUUUCAAUCCCCAAGAGUGCCUGGAAUCUUAAACAUGAAAAAAAGCAAUAUAAAUUCCAAAAAUCAAUAUGGACCUGAAAGGGUUUUACAUCUGCACUAAUUGAAAACAAACAGGCUUAAAGAAAAUGCUACCAUAUUGUGAAAUAUACACCCAUACACAUGGACAAUCAAAUAGUAGAAAAAUGUAUGAUUUCUUAGAGCCAGGGAUCUAAUGCACUGUACAAUCUUUUUUUUUCUUUGCCGAAGUGUGCUUUAGCAUUGCACACUGCUUUAAAAAUAAUACAAUUUACAAGUGGCUUUACAUGUUUCUAAAUAUUUUUACCAUAAGAAAGUGCAAUGAGUUGGGUACUGAAUGGAAAAAAAAGAAAAACCUGCAUUUGCUUAUAAGAGUACACUUUAGCUUGCAAGUUACUGUACUCAGUAAUGCUGUGUUUGUUAUUUUUAAUUGGGUUUUUUUGCAUUAUUGUUAAAAAUUAUGAGUGAAUACAGGUAGAACAAAUUGCAUUCAAAGGUUUUAAAAAAAAACUUGAAUGAAAUGGAUUUUACAGAAAGCUUUGACAAUUCUUUUAAAAUGCAUUAUUUAUUUUAUUUUGUGCCAUGCAUUUUUCUCACCAAAUGACCUUACCUGUAAUACAGUCUUGUUUGUCUCUGUUUACAACCAUGUAUUUAUUGUAAUGUACAUACUGUAAUGUUAAUUGUAAAUUAUCAGUUCUUAUUAUAACAUCAUCCUUGACAGGUUGGUGUUGCUAUAUUUGGAAACUCUUGGUGAGAGAAUGAAUAUUAUGUAUACAUACUCCUUGUACAUUUUUUCUCCUGUAAUAUAUUCUAUGUCACCUUAGAGCUUGUUUAUGGAAGAUUUGAGAAAAACUAUAAAAUACAUAAAGAUAUAUAAAUAAAAAAGCUGCAGGUCUUUGGUCCCAGGGCUGUGCCUUAACUUUGAACAAUAUUUUCUUCUGUUUUGCUGCAUUUGAAAGUAAGGUAGUUAUGGGGCUAGGGCUGGGCAUUCCUACAAUAUUUUUAGUAGUUAAUUGAUUGAGUCACUGGCACAAGCUAGUAUGUACAAUACUACAACCUGUUUUCAUUCAUGGCCCCAUUUGAAAGUCAAGCUUUUCUUUACCUACAGUAGUGUAAUUGCAUUGUCUACCUGAUGGUUUUCUUUCCACUUUUGAAGACUAUAAUCAGGGAUUACUUCAGCCAUUACCUGUUGUUCCCUUUUUGAAGUUAACACAGUCAUUUGAAACAGCACUGCAGAAAUGUGCUAUACACAUGGGACAGUUGUAAUAACUCAUUUGGCUCUUAGGCACAUAGGAAAAUGAAUUAAUCAGAAUUCAUGUGCAUUAUUAUUUUGACAACUGUCCUUCAUGUUCCUUCCUUAUUGAGAUGUACAGGAAGUACAGUACACCACUGUAUAACCAUAAUCCAUAGAGUAGGGCAAAAGACAACUUGAAAUCUUGGAAAUGUUUCCAACAUUAAUAUUAGUGUUACAAGCAGCCAAAGCUUUCCUCUUUUGUAGAUGUACCUAAGGCUUUUGUACACAUGUGCAUAGUGUAGAUGCACUAGGUGUAAAGGAUGACUGUAACCCUUUAAAUAACACUAGUAUUAGUUUUGCAGAAUUGGACUCUCCUAAGCAUCCCUUGCCACUUAAACACCACAGUUGCUGUAGGCCAGUUAGGACUCCUGAUAGCAAUUAAGUUGCUAGUGUAAGAUAGAUAUUUCUUUUCCAUUCCAUUGAUGCCCAGCCCUUGUAACAUGUGACUGUUCAGUGAAAGGAGAGAUUCUUUUUCAAGGAAAAACAGAGCCUCCUUUUUGACACAAACUGUAGAUUUUAGCAGCCCUGGCCCAAAGGAAUUUGAUUGCUUUUGUUUUAAACAGUAUAAAAGGGACACUAUAAUAACAGAAAUCCUGAACAAUUUUUGUUAUUGUUUUAGUUUGGUUUUUCCUUUGGGUAUGUCUUUAGACUGGCAACUUGUGUGAACAUUGCAAAUGAUUAGUCUUUCAAUGGUUUCUUAGCCUCUCUUACAGCCUAUGGAGUAGUACUGUACAUCGAUACCUUCAUAUGAAAUUUUUAUAUGCAAUGGAAAUAAAAGCAUGGGUUGAUUCUGCCUA